AUGGGACUCAGGCACAAGAAGGCAUCUGCUGGCGGAGGACAUUCUACGAGUGGCAUUUCUCCAAAUUCGACAAAUGGAACAAGCGGGACGUCUCCAGAUAUAUCCGAAAACCGCCCAUCUUGGAGACGUGAUCCUCUCGAAUACAACUUGGAUAGGAGCUGGGAUAUCAAUGCUGCACCCACAACAAGAGUGUUCAAUCUCACGUCUAGUGAGAUCCAGGCAGCUCCUGAUGGGGUACUUCGACCUCUAUUCGUGAUCAAUGGUCAGUUUCCUGGUCCCCUCAUUCGAGUAAACCAAGGAGACCGAGUCCUGGUCAACGUGACAAACCAACUCUCAAACGGCACCUCCAUGCACUGGCACGGAUUUUACCAAAAUGGAACGAAUUGGAUGGAUGGUACCGUUGGAAUUACCCAAUGUGCAAUACCUCCCGGAGAAAGUUUCCUGUAUGACUUUACAGUCAAACAGUUCGGCACGUACUGGUACCAUUCUCACUUCUCGUCUCAAUACACCGAUGGAUUGGUAGGGCCAUUUAUCGUGCAUUCCCCAGAAGAAUCCAAGAUCCAAGAGAUGUACGAUUAUGAUCAGGUCGUACUCUUGCAAGAUUACUACCAUGAUCUGAGUGCGGCUUUGCUGCCCGGGUACUUGUCAUCGGGAAACGAAAAUGCGGAACCUCUCCCCGACAAUGGACUUAUCCAAGGGACGAAUUUUUUCAACUGCUCUUCAUAUGAUUCUGAUAGUGGCUACGCUUGUGACCAGAACUCUACGCGAGCAAUAUUCAACGUCGCCCAAGGAAAAAGAUACCGCUUCCGACUGAUAAACACCGGAGCAUUUGGCGAAUUUCAAGUCUCAAUCGACAACCACACUAUCCAAGUCAUCGAAGCCGAUUCAACGCUGGUACAUCCAGUCACCGUGAACAGACUUCCCAUCCACGUAGCGCAGCGCUACUCCAUCCUCUUUCACGCAAACCAGACAACAACGAACUACUGGUUCCGAGCACGCAUGAACGAUUAUUGCUUCAGCGACCAAAAUCCCGUUCUGGAUACUGACGUUCGCGCUCUCAUCACUUACACAAAUUCGACCUCCGACCCCGCCCCUACGGAAUCGGUGGACUGGACAUAUGCGUUAGACACCGCGUGCGAGGAUCUCGCUCCCUCAAGCCUUAUUCCCUACGACCCCUUACCCGCUCCGCAAGUCGAUAUAACGUAUCCAAUCGAGAUCUCAUUCCAGAUCGGAGACUUCGCCCUCGAUAAAGCAUAUAUCAAUUCCACAACCUGGGUCCCUCCCGCAAUCCCAACACUAAACCAAGCCGUAGCCGGCCUGCAGGUCAACAACGCGAACUUCACAACCUCCGGCGUCAGCACCGCCUUUGAUUCCUCACAACUUGUAAUCGACGUCCCCACCUACAAAGUAAUCGACGUACUCAUAAACUCACUCGAUGAGGGAGCUCACCCGUUUCAUUUGCACGGCCACCAAUUCUGGAUCAUGGCUUCAGGGGCUCAUGGCGCUUUCAACUGGAAUUCGUACCCGACGCUGAAUAUGACGAAUCCGAUGAGGAGGGAUACGAUUACUGUUGAUGCAUUUGGAUGGGCUUUGAUUCGGUUUAAGGCUGAUAAUCCGGGGCUCUGGGCCCUGCAUUGUCACAUCAGUUGGCACAUGGAGGCCGGUUUGCUGAUGCAAUUUCAGACGAGAAAUGAUAUUAUGAGGGGAUGGGCGGUGCCUAGUGAUGUGUUAGCAUUAUGUCACGUUAAGUAGACUAAGGGGAAAGCAGGAGACUUUCCCGGAAGAUAGAAUUGUGAGAUACGGCUUUUGGCUUAGCGAGAACUUUCGCGAAGAAAUAAAUGC